GCUGUGAACUUCCUGCCUUAGUAGCUUUGUCCAAAGUAAGCUAACCGGUUGAUUAAACUUAAGCUUUCAAGAUGGGAUGUGAUGGUGGCACGAUUCCUAAAAGACACGAGCUGGUGAAAGGCCCCAAAAAAGUGGAGAAGGUUGAUAGAAAUGCAGAGUUGGCUGCCAAAUGGAAAUACUGUGCCUUGAGCCAGGAGAAACUCAGACGGCCCAUUGUUUCCUGCGAGGUCGGAAGACUCUACAACAAAGAUGCUAUCAUUGAAUAUCUUCUGGAUAAGACUGCUGAGAGACCCAAUGCUGAGGCUGUUACUCACAUCCGUGGGAUUAAGGAUAUUAAGGAGCUGAAUUUGACUGAUAACCCCGAGUGGGGUGGGGAGAGAAGAAAUACUAAGGGAGACAGAUAUGAAGACAUGCACUGCGGCAUGUUCAUUUGCCCUGUUGUUGGGUUGGAGAUGAAUGGCAAGCACAGGUUCUGUUACCUGCAGACUUGUGGCUGUGUCUUUUCUGACAGAGCCCUUAAAGAGAUCAAGACAGAAAUCUGCCACAAGUGCGGGGACUUGUUUAAAGACGAGGACGUUAUCGUGCUCAACGGCACUAAGGAGGAUGUGGAGAAGCUGAGGGAGAAGAUGGAACAAAAGCGGGCCAAAGCCAAAACUAAGAAGUCAAAGAAGAGCAAAGCAGCUGAAACGGUGUCCACACCAGCAGAGUCAAAAGACGACACCAAAGCUCCUCAAGUCGAUGGAACGGAGGGGUCUCUACAAAAUGAUGGUGAAAAGAGCCAGUUAGAUGUGGCCGGAUCCUCCAGCUCCACUGAAGGCAGCAAAUUGUCGAAAUCCGCCGCCAGCAAGAGGUCCGUCCAGCAAAUGACAGAGAAAUCAGAGGUCUUCAAAUCCUUGUUCACCUCCCACAGCUCUGCCAAGCGAACGAAAGAUCAGACAUCCAACUGGGUCACCCACACCCCGUACCACUUCUAAAAGCCAUCACUCCUAUCAAAGGUCCCCAUUUUUAGAUUGCUCCACAUAAUGUGACCCAUUAAAGACCCAUUACUGAUAGUUAUACAAGCCCAGCAGCAAUACACAGACGCACAGUCAUUACCCACAUGACCUGUAAUCACGGCCCAAAAGUCAAACUUAUUCCCCUCUCGUCCCUUCAGUCCCCAGGAGCCCAGUGUUUACAUGUUGUGAACAUUUAGUUAAUGGCUCCCCAAGCUAUUCAAGCCACAUGUUUUGUAACUUUCCUCCCCCAUGUAUUAUCCAGGAUCACUGUGUCCUUCGUUACAGGUGCACUGAGGAUUGAUGCUUAGCUGACUUUAUAAUCUCUGUCGCUCUGCUGUCUCCUAGUGGACAGAGUGCAGCUAGAGUGAUCUCUAUAGGAUUAAAAAACUCCUUGCAGGUCGUAUAUUGGCUUGAAUUAACUCAAAUGAAUGCAAAACAUUACAAAAGGCCAUCUUUAAAGCAGGUCCUGCUGUGUUAUUAGGUUUAAUUUGUUUCUAUAAAUGUAAAUCUUUAGGUAAAUUGCUUCCCCUUUUUCUUAAAAGCUCUAUCAAUUUAAACUUACCUUUAUUUCUUCUAUAAUACAUUCAUAGCCGUUGACAUUUAGGUGAUUUUAUUCAUUAUGUGUGAUUUUAGUUGGUUGAAAAUCAGUUUAACGCGCUAGAUAAAAGCAUCUUGCGUCUUUAUUAAAACUUCUGUUAGUUUUACAUCACAACUGACACAUAAAAACCCCACUUAAGUAACUAGUGUAGCAAGACAAUAAAAACAUAUUAGCUCUGUAAUAUUCCUCAUUCUUCAGCAUACCAAGGUUUCAAUAAUUUAUGCUCCAGUUUAUUAGAAAAUCUAGCUAAAUUAAAGUUCCAUAUUUUCUCCACCCUUUUUCAGACAUUUUGUUUUUUUUAAGAGAUUAAAAAUGUUCUUCCUGUUGGCUUUUAGACAACAGUAUUUUUUUCCUGCAUCUAACAAGCAAAAUAAAUUUGUAUUCAAUCCAGUAAUUUUUUUUUCUCUCACUGCGUAUUUUUGCAGCCUGUAUUACUUGUGUAUUAUUAGUCAACCUCACUUUAUUGUGUGUUUUGCCUUUAAUAUAGGGAUUGGUUACACAAUGCUCUAUGUGGAAGUAAGAGCAACCAUUACCUGUGAUGAUGUUACUAGCAACAACUCCCUGCAGUGGCCUUCAUCAAACUAUAAAAAGCUCUUCAUAUGUACAGCAGCUAACAUGUGUUUACAUGUAGGAGGGGGAGGUGUGAAAACCCCACCUGCUAUGAGGUUCAAUGUUCAGGCUGUUAAUCAAGACACCCAUCUGACAGCACCUCACACCAUAAAUAUUUCUAAAACAGAACACGCCGGUUGCUUGGUGGUUGCCAGACAUAUGGUCUUGCACUGAUGUCCACUCGUGUCAUCUGAGGUGACAGGAGAUCAAAUCAGCAGCUUUUCAUUAAAUAGCCCAGUGGUGCUGGAAACAGAAUAUCCAAACCUACCUAUUUAAAUGCAUCAAAAAUAAACCAUGUACAUGAGCAGGACAUGUUGACAUAAACAAGUUAAGAAUCCAACCCUGGCCUAAUAUGCCACUUAGUGUAAUGAAAACUUUAAAUCUCCAACAUAACACUGCGAAGGCCUUGCAUCCAGUAGUAAAACACUUAAUAUGAUAAUAAUGAUCAAAUUGUGUAUUCCUGAUUUUGCAAGGACACGGGAGAAGAUGUAGUACUUUGAUUGUAUACCUAAAUCUGAUAUUACAAUAUAUGAGUGUUUUAAAGGGUUAAGAUUAAAUCGAUUUCAAGUAAAACUGAACAAAAACAUAUUUGGUAAUAUUAGGGUUUGGCCACAAGGUGACAGCAGAGUCCUCUUCAUCCCACCCUCUGAAUGUACAGAUUGUGGUCGCUGGGUAAAGAGAACAUACAGAGGAGUCCGCCUGCUUCUCAUUAAAUGUAAAUUACACCAUAAAUAAUCCAAUCUUUGUUUUUAAACAUUUAAGUAAACACUGAGUCCUCUUGUCGUCAUCCAACAGCAGUCUGUGACAUGUUUUUUUUCUGUGUGCUGAUGUAUAUUUGCUCACGUUAUGUCAUUGAAUAUCUGGAAUUCAAAGAUGCUCUAAAUAAAAACCCAUUAGCUCA